AGACCCUCCUGUCCCUCCUCGAAGCAACGGUAAAUUGAACGAGGGAUAUUAGUCUUGGAAAUCUGUCGCACUACACGCCAAAAAAUACAGUAAUUACUCUGUAAUAUCAUACUAUAUCAGCAUUAAAAUCACAAAAAUGACCACAAAUGUCGCCCUCGACACCUCAAUGGGCACGAUCCUCCUCGAGCUCUACACCGACCACGCCCCCAAAACCUGCACAAACUUCACCACCCUGGCGCGCAGGGGGUACUACGACAACACCAUCGUCCACCGCGUGAUCCCCAACUUCAUGGCCCAGGCCGGCGACCCCACGGGCACCGGCCGCGGCGGCACCUCCAUCUACGGCGACACCUUCGCCGACGAGAUCCACCCGGCCCUUCGCCACACCGGCGCCGGCGUCCUCAGCAUGGCCAACGCCGGGCCCAACACCAACGGGAGCCAGUUCUUUCUCACCCUCGCCCCGACCCCCUGGCUCGACGGCAAGCACGCCAUCUUCGGCCGCGUCAAGAGCGGGCUCGCCGUCCUGCGCCGCAUGGGCCUCGUCAAGACCGGCCCGGAAGACAGGCCUGUCGAGGAGGUCCGCAUCAUCAAGGCUCGCGUCAUUGAGCAAGAGGAUGAGGGUAUCUAGAGGAAGAGGGAACAAGGCUUUUUUCCACAGCGUCAAUCACGUCAACUUGGUUACAUGAGGAGGAGGAGGAGGAGGAGGAGCAUUAGACGGAGUUUUGGCGUCCAGGGUCACGGAGGAGGGGCAAAACAGCGAUGCACUUCGGUUGGACAGGGACAUGUCAUUUCAACUUGAUGGUAUACAACCUUCUCACAUUUACGAAUACCCGAAUGAAAAGAUCAGAUCGGCUUCGUCUUGAUUUUUGGUACACAAAAGGCCUAUCCGAGAACCAGACCUGCCAACGCCAAUGCCGCCCUUUCCCCUUCCUUUACCGGUGAUGCAGAAUGGUAUGGUGAAUGACCCUUCCGUCCCCGGGGGUAAAGCCAUAAUUAUCGGCCCCAACCCCCUCCAACCCUCCUGGGUCCAUGCAAAUUUGUUUGAUACGGAAGAAAAAAAAGGAAAAAAAAAAAAAAAAGCUUAUGAUACAUUGAUGCCGAUUUGCACCGC